UUUGGAUUACGCCCAGUGUUGUCCAGUUUCGCUUUCUGCGAUUCUCAAAAUUAAAAGAGAGAAAACCCUAACGAAACAGCACACACAGAUUUUGAAUUUUGAUUUUGAGAAAGAAUCAGAGAGAGAGAGAGAGAGGAGGAAGAGGAGGCGGAGGUGGAGGUGAAGAAAACAAAAAAUGGUGUUCUAUUUCAAAGCCCGUCCAGAGGUAGGAGAUUACACCAUUUUUAUGGGUCUCGAUAAAUACGAGAACGAGGAGCUUAUCAAAUACGGUUUCCCUGAAGACAUUUGGUUCCAUGUGGACAAAAUGUCUUCUGCUCAUGUUUAUCUGCGACUGCACAAAGGGCAGACAAUUGAUGAUAUUAGUGAAGGUUUACUGGAGGAUUGCGCUCAGCUUGUCAAGGCAAAUUCAAUCCAAGGCAACAAGGUGAAUAACAUUGAUGUUGUUUACACUCCUUGGUCCAAUUUAAAGAAAACUGCUUCCAUGGAUGUUGGCCAAGUCGGCUUCCACAAUCCGAAGAUGGUUCGAACUGUGAAAGUGGAGAAGCGUAUAAAUGAGCUAGUUAAUAGAUUGAACAGAACAAAAGUUGAAAGAAAGCCUGAUUUGAAAGCUGAGAGGGAAGCAGUAAAUUCAGCAGAAAGAGCAGAGAGAAAGCUUCAACUAAGGGAUAAAAAACGACGGGAGGAAAUUGAAAGGCUUGAAAAGGAGAGACAGGCUGAGAUAAGGAGCUACAAAGGUUUAAUGGUUUCCGAAAAUAUGACAUCUAACAAGCAGAUUGCAGCAGAAAACAAGUCCUUGCAGGAACUGGAAGAGGACUUUAUGUAAGCACAAUUGUAUGUAACUGUUAUACCAAACCUGCUGCUCCUCAAGAAUUGGGUUUUUCAUUCAGUGUGUAACUCUAGAUUCCUUCCUGCAAAAAUCACCUAAGUUUCCAGCCUGUAGUUCCAUGAUAUUGGUAAGAGAAGUUCAGAAAGAAAAAUGUCUAAUGCCAGCAUUUGGCAGAGGGUGGGGUAGCGGGGGAGAUAACUUUCUUUAUAGCGACCAUAAAUUGUAAUUUGAUGAUGAUAAACAUGAACAAGACUUGCAUUGAUGAUUAAUGUGUGAUAAACUGCUGUUUUUGCA